UCACCAAACACCCUUUCCGACGACACAUUCAACUUCAUUAUCGAAAAAUACAAUCAUUGCUGCAAAAACCAUGAAGAAUGCGAUGAUCCACCGCGUGGCAAUGCCUCUGCGUAUCCUUCUCGACUUCUCGACGUUGGUACUGAUCAGCGCGGGGCAGUUGUACUGCGUAACACCAAUGAGUUCUGCGAUGAGAAAUAUGCUUGCCUGUCUCACUGCUGGGGGACAGUACGACCAUUGACGCUUAAUGCGAAAACGUUACCCUUGCUAAGCAAGGGCGUUGGUGUGAGCAUACUCCCAAAGACAUUCCAGGACGCUGUGAUCGUGACUCGUAGACUUCGUCUACAAUACCUCUGGAUAGACUCACUAUGCAUCCUCCAGGACGAUAAAGACGAUUGGGCAACGGAAUCUCGAAGAAUGGGAGACAUCUAUGCGCACGCGGCUUGCACGAUUGCAGCCACUUCUUCAAACGACAACAGUGACGGCCUUUUCUUCGCAAGGAGUCCACUGACCGUCCUGCCACGACGUAUACAUUUCGAUUCCGGCUGGCACACCCCGUGGCUGGUGGGUGCUGGAGUUCAGUUAUUGGGCACUUAUGUGUGCGACGCCUUGGGAAUGGUUAACAGAUGCAUAGAAGAUGGGCCGCUGAACAAAAGAGCUUGGGUAAGCCAGGAAAGACAGCUAACCACUCGAGUUUUGCACUUCACUAGCACGCAAGUCUUUUGGGAGUGCUUGACGGACACAGCAUGUGAAACGUAUCCUAAAAGCAUUCCAACAUGGCAAAAAGGACCCGAUCUAGACGACGCGACUCUCCUCAAAAGAGAAAUGUCGGACCUCAGACAUAAAGGCAAAAAGGAUUCAAGUAUAGAGAGAAUCCCCUCUGUCUUAUCCCGAGGGUUGACACACUCCACAUACAAAGCUUGGUUGUUAUUCCGACGUCGGUAUUCAGGAUGCGCACUUACAUAUCCCACGGAUAAGCUUGUAGCUAUCCAAGGCAUAGCGAACCGAAUUAGCCAGAUGACAGGCGACAAUUUCGUUGAAGGAAUUUGGCAGGGCCACCUUAUCGAGGAACUCUGCUGGUGGGAAAAGAAGUCCGAAGAAAGGUCUACGAACUUGAGUGCACCUACCUGGAGCUGGGCUUGUAGCAAUCUCGAAACGAACCCUAGCUUUCUGUUCCAAUUUCAUGGAGAGCACUCAGGUCGACAUACAGAAGCGGAACUUAUCGACCUUGACACAAAAGCCGGGGCCUCGGACAAAGCGGACAAAGCUGCGUUAAAACUCAGUUGCAAGCUGUUA